AUCAUCCCUAUCAUCAGAAAUUACUCAAAACCUUCCUCACUCACUGUAUUGCAUUGAUUCUUUCUCUCUAGAUUCGCCUUAUCCGCCUCCACUCUCUCACUCUACAAGAAGAAGAAGAUGAACACCAUGGACAUGGACGGUUUCGAUAUGCCGCCAACUAACGAGAUGAACGAUGAUUUCGACAUGCCGGACGACACUCCAGUUCUCAAGGUUGGCGACGAGAAAGAGAUCGGGAAACAGGGACUCAAGAAGAAGCUUCUCAAAGAAGGUGAAGGAUGGGAUACUCCUGAGAACGGCGACGAAGUUGAAGUUCAUUACACUGGGACUCUGCUCGACGGUACUCAGUUCGACUCAAGCAGGGACAGGGGGACACCCUUCAAAUUCACCUUAGGUCAAGGGCAAGUAAUUAAGGGAUGGGAUUUGGGUAUCAUCACGAUGAAGAAGGGUGAGAAUGCCAUUUUCACCAUUCCUGCAGAGCUAGCAUAUGGUGAAUCUGGCUCUCCCCCAACUAUUCCUCCCAAUGCCACUCUCCAAUUUGAUGUGGAAUUGUUGUCAUGGGUUAGUGUCAAGGACAUCUGCAAAGAUGGAGGAUUAUUCAAGAAGGUAAUCACUGCAGGAGACAAAUGGGAGAAUCCUAAGGAUGCUGAUGAAGUUUUAGUUAAGUUUGAAGCCCAGCUAGAGGAUGGAACCGUUGUUGCAAAAUCAGAUGCUGCUGAGUUCAUUGUCAGAGAAGGCUAUUUUUGCCCAGCACUGGCAAAAGCUGUCAAAACAAUGAAGAAAGGAGAAAAGGUUAUUCUUACUGUGAAACCUCAAUAUGGUUUUGGAGAGAAAGGCAAACCAGCAACAGGCAAUGAAGGUGCAGUUCCACCAAAUGCUACUUUGGAGAUAACUCUUGAGCUGGUAUCAUGGAAGACUGUGACAGAAGUAACAGACGAUAAGUUGGUUGUGAAAAAAACCCUGAAGGAAGGAGAGGGUUAUGAGAGGCCAAACGAAGGAUCUGUUGUCAAAUUGAAAAUAACUGGGAAGCUGCAAGAUGGCACUGUUUUCUUUAAGAAAGGUCAGGAGGAUAAUGAAGAGGAACUGCUUGAGUUCAAGACAGACGAAGAUCAAGUUAUUGAUGGUCUGGACAGAGCUGUAAUGAAAAUGAAGAAGGGUGAAGUUGCAGUGGUGACCAUUGCACCUGAGUACGGUUUUGGUUCAUCGGAGUCCAAGCAGGAGUUGGCUGUUGUUCCAGCAAACUCGACUUUGUAUUAUGAAGUGGAGCUUGUCUCCUUCGAGAAGGAGAAGGAGUCUUGGGAUAUGAACACAGAGGAGAAAAUUGAGGCGACUGGGAGAAAGAAGGAAGAAGGUAACACAUUGUUCAAGGCUGGUAAAUAUGCAAAGGCUUCUAAGAGAUAUGAAAAGGCUGUGAAGUAUAUAGAGUAUGAUUCUUCAUUUAGUGACGAGGAAAAGAAGCAGGCAAAAGCAAUGAAAAUAACAUGCAAUCUGAACGAUGCAGCAUGUAAGCUGAAAAUGAAGGCAUACAAGGAAGCAGAGAAACUAUGCACAAAGGUAUUGGAACUGGACAGUAGGAAUGUGAAGGCACUUUACAGGAGGGCGCAGGCUUACAUGAACCAGGCAGAUCUUGAUUUGGCUGAAUCUGAUCUAAAGAAAGCUCUGGAGAUCGACCCUGACAACAGGGAUGUGAAGUUGGAAUACAAGAAGUUGAAGGAAAAGGUAAAAGAAUACAAUAAGAAGGAUGCGAAAUUCUAUGGAAACAUGUUUGCAAAGCUGAACAAAGUGGAAAUACACAAUAAUGGAACCACUAGCAAUGGAGGAACAACAACAGCGGAACCAAUGAGCAUUGACAGCAAAGCAUAGAAUACUUAAUAAUAAUAAUAAUAAUAAUAAUAAUAAAAGGUGAUGGGUGUGCUUUGAGAGAGGCAGCGAAAUGAAAUGAUGGAUUAUUAUUAUUAUGCUUUCUUUCUUUCUUUUUUGUUGUUCUAGUUUGUACUAAUUUGCAUGGGAGAUAUUUGGUUUCUCUUCCUUA